AUGGAUAAAAGUAAAGAAAAAGAAGAGCAGAGUAUCAUGGACAAAUCCAUGAGAUCUGUAUUCGUUGGAAAUAUACCAUAUGAAGCUACGGAAGAGAAAUUAAAGGACAUUUUUAGCGAAGUUGGGCCUGUUUUGUCGUUUAAACUAGUAUUUGACCGGGAGACAGGGAAACCAAAAGGUUAUGGUUUCUGUGAAUACAAAGACCAAGAAACCGCCCUCAGUGCUAUGAGAAAUCUCAAUGGCUAUGAAAUCGGUGGCCGUUCACUUAGAGUUGACAAUGCUUGUACAGAAAAAUCUAGGAUGGAAAUGCAGGCAUUGAUGCAAGGUCCUCAGAUAGAAAAUCCCUAUGGAGAUCCUGUAGAACCUGAAAAAGCUCCAGAAGCUAUAAGUAAAGCUGUAGCUACAUUACCACCAGAGCAAAUGUUUGAGCUUAUGAAGCAGAUGAAACUUUGUAUUCAGAAUAACCCAACUGAAGCUAGGAACAUGCUACUUCAGAAUCCACAGUUGGCAUAUGCACUUUUGCAAGCUCAAGUUAUAAUGAGAAUUGUUGAUCCGGCUACAGCAGUUAGUAUGCUGCACCCUAGUAACCCAGUCCCACCAGUUUUACAACCUGGAGACAAGCCACAAUCUAAUACUUAUAUACCAACCAGUCAACAACAAGCACAACCACCACCACUAAUGAACAAUCCACCACCGCCUCCCCCACAGAACCAAUAUGUUCCCGCCCGUCCGUCCAUGCCGAUGCAGAACAUGAGUAUGGGCAUGGACGUGGACCUGCGCAACGCGCGCCCGCCGCUGCUCGACCAGGACAUGCGCAGCCUGCCGCCGCCCGCGCCGCAACACCCGCCCCACCCGCCCGCGCAUAACACUGACUCACCAACUCAAACAACGGAGGUACAUGAAAAUAUGUCGUACCCGCGCGAUCCUCGCCUUGCAAAUAUGCAGAACUUUAACUCGGAUCCGCGUGUGCGUCCUAACGAUCCGCGCACUCAAGCUAAAAUGCCGCAGCAGCAAAUGCCGCCUGGUAUGCCGAGCAUGGCGCAGGCGAGAACUAUACAGGGCAUACCAUCAGGUGCCUCGGAUCAAGAAAAGGCCGCGCUUAUUAUGCAAGUGCUGCAACUAUCAGAUGAACAAAUCGCAUUAUUGCCGCCGGAACAACGAGCAAGUAUUCUUAUGCUCAAGGAACAAAUUGCAAAGAGUACUCAACAGCGC